AUGGAGUCUUUCAGUUUCUUCUUAUUCUUUUACUUCUGUUUUUUAUUCGUUUUUGCUUCUUUCUUCUGUCCUGCGCCGCCAUUAUCAGUAGCAACAAGCUUGGUCGUCAAUGCAACUGCUUCUACAACUAACUCAACAGGGCACCACCAUAAGUGGGUCGGACCCAUCGGUUACCUGUGGAUUACAGUGGACGUUAACGGGUCAGGUCAUUUCCGUUCAGUCCAAGAUGCUGUUGAUGCAGUCCCAGAGAAUAAUAGAAAGAACGUUCUGAUUCAAAUAAGCCCUGGAUAUUACAUAGAGAAGGUGGUGGUGCCAGCGACAAAGCCAUACAUCACGUUUCAGGGCGCAGGGAGAGACGUGACGUUCAUAGAGUGGCAUGAUCGAGCGUGUGAUCGAGGGGCCAACGGCCAACAGUUGCGUACUUAUCAAACUGCUUCUGUCACUGUAUAUGCUAAUUAUUUCUCCGCUAGAAAUAUCAGCUUCAAGAAUACAGCACCGGCACCAAUGCCAGGAAUGCAUGGAUGGCAAGCAGUGGCGUUUCGCAUAUCGGGCGACAAGGCUUAUUUCUCUGGCUGUGGAUUCUAUGGUGCACAAGACACUCUUUGUGAUGAUGCUGGUCGUCAUUACUUCAAGGAAUGUUACAUUGAGGGCUCAAUUGACUUCAUCUUUGGAAACGGCCGGUCAAUGUACAAGGAUUGUGAACUGCAUUCAAUUGCCACUAGAUUCGGAUCCAUUGCCGCCCACGACAGAAACUCACCUGAUGAGAAGACGGGCUUUGCUUUCGUGAGGUGCAAGGUGACAGGUACUGGUCCACUUUAUGUGGGCCGAGCCAUGGGUCAAUACUCGAGGAUUGUCUAUGCAUACACUUACUUUGAUGACCUGGUUGCUCAUGGUGGCUGGGACGACUGGGACCAUGUUAGCAACAAAAAUAAGACUGUGUUUUUUGGGGUGUAUAAAUGCUGGGGUCCUGGAGCUGCUGCUGUUCGUGGAGUGUCAUGGGCCAGGGAACUAGAUUUCGACGCCGCCCAUCCGUUUCUAGUCAAAAGUUUUGUCAAUGGGAGACACUGGAUUGCACCAUGGGACGCUUAGCCAAAGACAACAUACUCUACAUUCCAAUUCCUUCGGCAAAAUUCAAUUUUCAAUAAGCAAUCAUCUUUUACAUAUCGUAAUAACACAAUGUUCUUU